UUUUUUAUUAAUAACUUGUCAUCAAAUAAAGUAGCAAUUCUCGCCUUAAGAAUGCAUACAACUCCAGUAUCUAAUACUUCUAUCAGAUCUCUUCCUUUGCCCAAUCAACAGCAACAACAAUACUAUUUUCAACAUCAAAAACCGCCGCAAUCUUUUUGUUUAAACUCGGUAGUUCCUCCUACUUUGCAACAACAACAACAAUUUGUCAUUCCAAAACAACAAAUAAGCCUUCAACGAAAGCAGCAACAACAACCGCCUUUAUUAGAAAAUGCAGCACCUCGUCUUCAACACAAUAAUAGUAUUCAGAAAAAUUUGUUUGUGCCUACAUCUAAUCGAAAUUCAAAUCAACAGCCUCAUAAUUCUUCUCAAGCUUUAGCCGAAAAAUUUAUUUGUCGUAGUUCUCCUCCUCCCUCUCGUGAACAACUAGAUUUAGAUAAAAACCAUAGAAAGCAUCAUCCACAAAUUUGGUGUGGAAAAGGACAAACUGAGCCAACAGUUAGCAAACACGUCUACAAUUAUGCUCAACGCAAAGGUUCUUCUGAGAAAACGCCUAUGUGUCGUGUGGCUGAGUUAGCGAGAUAUAACAAGCUUCGUCAUGGAUAUGUUCUUCUUGAUGAAAGUGGGCCAGCACACAAGAAAAAAUUCACUGUAAAGCUUAUUCUUUGUCCGGGUCAAGAGUUUGAAGGUAGCGGACCUUCUAUUAAAAAAGCUCAACAAGCCGCAGCUCAAUGUGCGUUGGAUUCUUCCACUUUGCCACGACCUCCACCAAUGAGAGGAAUGGGAGUACCAAGACGUCAAACACGUAAAGACGAGUCUUUUAAUGCAAUUUUGUUACUUAAUUCUGUAGCUGCCCAACUUGGAAUUAUUGUAAAUUAUAAAGAAGAAUUAAUCCAUCAUCCGUUGUCUUCGUUUAAAGCGUCCCUGCCAAAUCAUGCUAGUCUUCCAUGGAUCCCUCCAUUUUGUAGUACUUCUAAUAGCAAUAAAUCAGCACCAAUUUCAGCAAUGCAGCCAAAUAGUCUUAACGUAGCUAAUUCUCAAUUUGCUCGUAAUUUAUAUUUUGCUCCAGCACCAAAUUUGUUUAGUGGUUCGAAUUUUUCAAGUCCCGUAGCAAAUGGCACAACUUCUCAACAACAAAUUGUACCAAAAACAGUGAAUUCUAUUUUGGAUUUGCCAAUUAUGCCUUUAGUCAAUGCUUCUCCAGUCGGAGCUGAUGUUUUGUUUAAAAAAAUGCAAAUUGCUUCAAUUAAUUCUUUACCAUCAUUUGAUUACCAAUCUAUUCCAUUGCUUUCAUCAUCUUUCCUUUCACUUCCUCCAUCGGUUUUGCUAAGCGGAUUUGAUCGAACAGCAGUAUUACCGUUUUGUCCUACAUCUCUCAAUUCAAUUCAUUAUCAACAACAGCAACAAGGAUUUACUUACAAAGUAACAGUGACUCUAAGUCUAGAUUCUUCACAACAUUUUGGAGUUGGAUUUAAAUUGGAUAUUGCAAAACAAAAGGCAGCUGUUCAGGCUUUGUCUCAUUUGAGACCGGUGUUGGAUUGCUACAAAAAAAGUAAGGAAAUUGACAACAGUUUGGAUGAAAUUUUACUAAAUGAUGGAACCCCAAAUAAAUUCAAUUCGCAACAAGCUAAUUUCCGAAUUUCUGAAGAGAAUUCUUAUGUUAAAGAAGGGUUGUCUAAAUCAAGUCCUAUUGAUAACGGCCGUGCAUUAACCUCUGGCAGUGCAGAAGAUGAAAGUGAGAGUACUGAUUCAAAUUUCUCUCCAGCAUUGAAUGUUUUAUUAAAUGGAUAUUACGAUGAAGAACAUCAAACAGAUGAUAAAAUGCCAGAUAAUGAACAAUUAAAUAAGUUGAAGGCUGAUGAAAAUAAAUUACAUCAGAGUGCACAAAUGUCAGAACAACGCCCUUUUCGUUCGCGGCGGAAGAUAAAAUCAGUAGUUUCGCAAAUUCAUGAGUGUGCACUUCGUCUUCGAAUGAAUGUUGAAUUUGAAGUACUCGCUGAAACGGGUGAGCCGCAUAAUCGUGUUUAUACUCUUUGUUGUCGUCUUAUUUCACCUUCUACAAUAACCAAUACGUCAGCAGAUUCUACUAUAUGUAAAGAAUAUUCAUCAGAAGGUAAAGGUCCAAGUAAGAAAGCAGCCAAACAGGCAGCUUGUUAUCAUUUACUUGAGAAAGUUCAACCUCUUCUCGACAAAGACCCAAUUUUUCUGGCUAGUCAGAUUAUACGUCAUGUAGGAACUGUGGAGAGUCAUAAACGUGAUUCGAUUUUGGGAGGAGGAAAUAAAAUGGAUCCUGAAUAUGGCCAUCACAUUAAUCCAAUAUCUAGACUGAUACAAGUCAUGCAAAUUCGUCAAGAACGUGAACCUAUUUUUCAUUUUGUCUCAGAACAAGGUCAAAAUAGACACAAGGAAUUUACUGUGUCUGUGCAAUGCAUGGGGUUUCACGAGCAGGGUACUGGACCGAACAAAAAAUUAGCCAAAAGAGCUGCUGCCGAAGCAAUGUUAGGUCGUAUUGGUUAUGUUAAAUCUAUGCCUCAACCUGGUAAGAGUCUUCUUAAGAAGCAAGUCAAUAAUGAUUUGAAAAACAAAUCUAUUAUGGAUCAAAACUACAACUCUUUUCUAACGAAUAAUUGGGAUGAAAAGAUAAAUUCUUUUGAAACAUUUGCUGCAGUUGAGGAGGCAUUGAACAAUAUUGAAUUGCCUCAACAAAUACAAGUAGAAAAUGGAACUACGAAUUAUUCACCUCCGCUUCCAUCUACUCGUCGCCGAGUUACGUUCAAUGAACACGUUAGUGCAUGCCCUCCGCCAGAAGAUUCCAUGUAUCCAGCCGCAUCAAUUGCUCCACUCAAGUCUGAGCUUGGCAGCCGCCUUCGACGACGAAACCGUGAUUCUCAACGAGCACUUAGUCAAGCCGAGAAUCAAGAAUUGGUAAAAAUUGCGACACAAUUCCUUCAAUGGCCCAAUUCUGUUAAUGAGAAACGUGGUCUUGUAAAAAUGGAUAAAGAUUCUAUUUGGGCUGGUUUGGAAGGCGUAGAGGAAAUUGUUGGAGAAAUUCCUAAGCCAAUGGAUUCGUUUUGUGUGCCUCUAAUAUCUCCUGAGAUUCUAGUCGAUGAAAAACGACAUAUGUUUCAAACAAACCAAUCGGAAAUUAUGUCAGCUUCUUUACCAGCAGCUCUUCCUUCAAAUUUUGCGCCUCCAUUAUUGAAUGCUGUUCCUCCGCCUUUUAUUACACCAAUAAAAACAAUCGAGGCACAAACUCAAAUAUUAUCGCCUACUUCAGCAUCCCUUUCUAUUUCUCAUUGGAAUGGUGAAGACACUGGUCAAAUUGAAACUAAAAAGGAAUAUAAAUUUGGAUUGAUUGGGGCAAAGAAUUUUCUCAAUCAUUUAUCCAAACAUUUUAAAUUUACUGUCUCCUACUCUGAUUUUCCUAGGUCGAAGGACGCUGCUGAUGAAGAGCAAUGCUUUACUCUUUUAACUGUUGGAUUGGCUAAACCUAUUGUUUGUCACGGUAGUGGUCCAACAGAAGUAUAUGCCCAUGUUGAUGCCGCAUUCAAUGCAAUUCAAACACUAAUUAAGCAACUAGAAGGACAAGAAAGCGAAAAAAGAUGCAACAGCAAAGCACUUUGA